CGUUUCUGUAAAAGUUUUCAAAUCUUCAAAGCGAAAACCUCUCUCUCACCACCUUAUCUCUCUAUCCUCUAAUCUCAUGGCGAAAUGCAACAAAAUUCGAGACAUUGUUCGAAUCCGUCAAAUGCUGAGAUCGUGGAGAAGGAAGGCCUCCACUCCGGCCUCCAGCCGCCGCCUCCCGCCGGACGUGCCGGCUGGGCACGUGGCGAUCUCCGUCGGAGCGAGCUGUCGGAGAUUCAUCGUGCGCGCAACAUACCUCAACCACCCAAUCUUCCAGCGGCUGCUCAGUCAGGUCGAGGAGGAGUACGGAUUCGCCAAUUACUCGGGGCCGCUGGCGAUUCCGUGUGACGAGACGCUGUUUGAGGAGAUUCUGCGGUUUGUAUCGUGCAGCAUUUCGGAUCUCCAGAGAUGCCGGAAUGAGGGUUCCGAUCUGCUCGCCGGCGAAUCUCUGCCAUUGUUGUACGGUUUCAGCAACUAAGGAGAUUUACACGUGAUUUGGAUAAUUUUAACUUUUUUUUUUUUUUUAAUCUUUUAGAAAUUUCCACCUUUAUUCGGAAAUAUUAUUUGCUAGGGCGACGGAGAAUGGCAAAUUGAGUCAUCCCUUUAGUUGAUUCAGAAAAAGACGUGAUAUUAUAAACGUCUUUUUUCAGAUAUAUUUUGUAAGUUGGAAGUGAUUUUAUUUAUUUAGGAAUUCCAUUUAUGAAAUAUUGUUAUUUACA